ACUCAUUCAGUCAGUGAAACUAUCCUCAGGAACAAGACAAAGGAAUAUAUUUAUAAUUCAGUUCACAGUUUUUUGUACUUUCAUUGUGAGGUUUAUUGAAAAGGGAUUUACAGACAGAUGGGGACCGCUCGGUUUGUGGUUAUUGCCAUUUCAAUCGUGAUUUUCCAGGCUUCAGCUUCACUGACUGCUAAGGAGCCAACAUGUGCGUCUGGAUUUGAGUCAGAUAUGUUCAUUUUCAAAGUGAACAGGAACCAACUGAGGCAGGGCGCAAGACUGGGCAGAGUGGUCUUCACCGACUGCACACCCCGCACAAGAUUUCUUUUCCACAGUGAUGACAGCCGUUUCAUGGUGCAGCCAGAUGGCGAAUUGAAGGUAAAGAGACACGUAGUUCUUCACAAAGGACACUUGGACUUGGUCAUCAACUCCUGGGACUCACAAGGUCGCAAAAUGAGUGUUCCAGUCAGGAUAUUGUACCAUAGGCAUUACCAUGAGAAAAACCAUGGGGGUCAUCAUGGUGAUCACCAUGAGAACCACCACCAAAAUGUUGAACAUCACCAUGGAGACCACAGACACCACAACCAUCAGCACAUCCUUACUGAAGCUGACUCUGCUAAUAACACAGAGGUGCCUGUUCAGCAAUUCCCCAAGACUAGUGAUGGGCUGAGGAGGAGGAGGAAGAGAGACUGGAUUAUUCCUGACAUCAAAGUUUCUGAGAAUGACAGAGGACCCUAUCCCCUUAAAGUAUCUCAAAUCCGUUCAAAUGAAGAUAAAGUAAAGAAGAUCUUUUACAGCAUCACUGGUCCAGGAGCUGAUCAACCUCCUGUCGGCCGUUUCACCAUGGACCGAGAUACUGGUAUUCUGUACGUCACACAGCCAUUGGACAGAGAAGAGGUGGCCAAGUACAUGUUUCAAGCGCACGCUGUGGCAGAGGGUUCAGGAAAUGUUGAGGAGAUCAUGGAUAUUGUAGUAAUUGUGAUUGACCAGAAUGACAACAAACCUGUUUUCACUCAAGACACCUACCUGGGGGAAGUCCCAGAGGCCUCACCAAAAGGUCAUGAGGUGAUAACAGUUAAGGCCACAGAUGAUGACGAGCCAAAUUCUGACAACUCGGAUGUCCGCUACCGUAUUCUGAGCCAGACUCCACAGUUUCCCAGUGACAACCUGUUUGUCAUCAACCCAGUCACUGGAGUUAUCAGAGUCAAUGAUGAUGGGCUAGAUAGAGAGAAAUAUCCAAAGUACACUCUGGUGGUAGAGGCAGCAGACAUGCAGGGAGAAGGGCUGUCUGGACAAGCCAAAGUAAACCUCACUGUAACAGAUAGCAACAACAAUGCUUCAGCCUUCACUCAGUCCUCUGUGCCUGUUCAGCAAUUCCCCAAGACUAGUGAUGGGCUGAGGAGGAGGAGGAAGAGAGACUGGAUUAUUCCUGACAUCAAAGUUUCUGAGAAUGACAGAGGACCCUAUCCCCUUAAAGUAUCUCAAAUCCGUUCAAAUGAAGAUAAAGUAAAGAAGAUCUUUUACAGCAUCACUGGUCCAGGAGCUGAUCAACCUCCUGUCGGCCGUUUCACCAUGGACCGAGAUACUGGUAUUCUGUAUGUCACACAGCCAUUGGACAGAGAAGAGGUGGCCAAGUACAUGUUUCAAGCGCACGCUGUGGCAGAGGGUUCAGGAAAUGUUGAGGAGAUCAUGGAUAUUGUAGUAAUUGUGAUUGACCAGAAUGACAACAAACCUGUUUUCACUCAAGACACCUACCUGGGGGAAGUCCCAGAGGCCUCACCAAAAGGUCAUGAGGUGAUAACAGUUAAGGCCACAGAUGAUGACGAGCCAAAUUCUGACAACUCGGAUGUCCGCUACCGUAUUCUGAGCCAGACUCCACAGUUUCCCAGUGACAACCUGUUUGUCAUCAACCCAGUCACUGGAGUUAUCAGAGUCAAUGAUGAUGGGCUAGAUAGAGAGAAAUAUCCAAAGUACACUCUGGUGGUAGAGGCAGCAGACAUGCAGGGAGAAGGGCUGUCUGGACAAGCCAAAGUAAACCUCACUGUAACAGAUAGCAACAACAAUGCUUCAGCCUUCACUCAGUCCUCUGUGCCUGUUCAGCAAUUCCCCAAGACUAGUGAUGGGCUGAGGAGGAGGAGGAAGAGAGACUGGAUUAUUCCUGACAUCAAAGUUUCUGAGAAUGACAGAGGACCCUAUCCCCUUAAAGUAUCUCAAAUCCGUUCAAAUGAAGAUAAAGUAAAGAAGAUCUUUUACAGCAUCACUGGUCCAGGAGCUGAUCAACCUCCUGUCGGCCGUUUCACCAUGGACCGAGAUACUGGUAUUCUGUAUGUCACACAGCCAUUGGACAGAGAAGAGGUGGCCAAGUACAUGUUUCAAGCGCACGCUGUGGCAGAGGGUUCAGGAAAUGUUGAGGAGAUCAUGGAUAUUGUAGUAAUUGUGAUUGACCAGAAUGACAACAAACCUGUUUUCACUCAAGACACCUACCUGGGGGAAGUCCCAGAGGCCUCACCAAAAGGUCAUGAGGUGAUAACAGUUAAGGCCACAGAUGAUGACGAGCCAAAUUCUGACAACUCGGAUGUCCGCUACCGUAUUCUGAGCCAGACUCCACAGUUUCCCAGUGACAACCUGUUUGUCAUCAACCCAGUCACUGGAGUUAUCAGAGUCAAUGAUGAUGGGCUAGAUAGAGAGAAAUAUCCAAAGUACACUCUGGUGGUAGAGGCAGCAGACAUGCAGGGAGAAGGGCUGUCUGGACAAGCCAAAGUAAACCUCACUGUAACAGAUAGCAACAACAAUGCUUCAGCCUUCACUCAGUCCUCUGUGCCUGUUCAGCAAUUCCCCAAGACUAGUGAUGGGCUGAGGAGGAGGAGGAAGAGAGACUGGAUUAUUCCUGACAUCAAAGUUUCUGAGAAUGACAGAGGACCCUAUCCCCUUAAAGUAUCUCAAAUCCGUUCAAAUGAAGAUAAAAUAAAGAAGAUCUUUUACAGCAUCACUGGUCCAGGAGCUGAUCAGCCUCCUGUUGGCCUUUUCACCAUGGACCGAGAUACUGGUAUUCUGUAUGUCACACAGCCAUUGGACAGAGAAGAGGUGGCCAGGUACAUGUUUCAAGCGCACGCUGUGGCAGACAGUUCAGGAAAUGCUGAGGAACCUAUGGAUAUUGUAGUAAUUGUGAUUGACCAGAAUGACAACAAACCUGUUUUCACUCAAGACACCUACCUGGGGGAAGUCCCAGAGGCCUCACCAAAAGGUUAUGAGGUGAUAACAGUUAAGGCCACAGAUAAUGACGAACCAAAUAGUGACAACUCGGAUGUCCGCUACCGUAUUCUGAGCCAGACUCCACAGUUUCCCAGUGACAACCUGUUUGAAAUCAACCCAGUCACUGGAGUCAUCAGAGUCAAUGAUGGUGGGCUAGAUAGAGAGAAAUAUCCAAAGUACACUCUGGUGGUAGAGGCAGCAGAUAUGGUGGGAGAGGGGCUGUCUGGAGAAGCCAAAGUAAUCCUCACUGUAACAGAUAGCAAUGACAAUGCUCCGACCUUCACUCAGUCCUCUGUGCCUGUUCUGCAAUUCCCCAAGACUGGUGAUGGGCUGAGGAGGAGGAAGAGAGACUGGGUUAUUCCUGACCUCAAAGUUUCUGAGAAUGCCAGAGGACCCUAUCCCCUUAAAGUAUCUCAAAUCCGUUCAAAUGAAGAUAAAGUAAAGAAGAUCUUUUACAGCAUCACUGGUCCAGGAGCUGAUCAGCCUCCUGUUGGCCUUUUCACCAUGGACCGAGAUACUGGUAUUCUGUAUGUCACGCAGCCAUUGGACAGAGAAGAGGUGGCCAGGUACAUGUUUCAAGCGCACGCUGUGGCAGAAGGUUCAGGAAAUGCUGAGGAGCCUAUGGAUAUUGUAGUAAUUGUGAUUGACCAGAAUGACAACAAACCUGUUUUCACUCAAGACACCUACCUGGGGGAAGUUCCAGAGGCCUCACCAAAAGGUUAUGAGGUGAUAACAGUUAAGGCCACAGAUGAUGACGAACCAAAUAGUGACAACUCGGAUGUCCGCUACCUGAUUCUGAGCCAGACUCCACAGUUUCCCAGUGACAACCUGUUUGAAAUCAACCCAGUCACUGGAGUCAUCAGAGUCAAUAAUAGUGGGCUAGAUAGAGAGAAAUAUCCAAAGUACACUCUGGUGGUAAAGGCAGCAGACAUGGUGGGAAGUGGGCUGUCUGGAGAAGCCAAAGUAAUCCUCACUGUAACAGAUAGCAAUGACAAUGCUCCGGCCUUCACUCAGUCCUCUUAUGAAGCAACAGUAGCAGAAAAUAAAGUGGACGCUGUGGUCAUUACGAUGUCAGUAACAGACGGUGAUGAGCCACAUUCUCCAGCCUGGAACGCCAAGUUCAAGAUUGUUGAUGGUGAUCCUGGAGGACUGUUCAAUGUGAAAACAGGACAGAACAAACAUGAUGGAAUCAUUACUACUGCCAAGGGUCUUGACUUUGAAAAAAGCAGCAAGCACACUCUGUUGGUUGCAGUGGAGAAUGAGGUUCCUUUCGCUACUCCACUGCCCACUGCUACUGCCACAGUGGUGGUUAACGUACAGGAUGUAAAUGAAGCUCCAAUCUUUGAUCCAGUGGAGAAGUAUGUGUCAAAACGGGAGGACCUUCCCAUCAACACUGAUGUGGUGCAGUACACUGCUUCUGACCCAGACACGGCACGCAAACAGACCGUCAAGUAUAAAAUAAUUAGUGACCCUGCAGGCUGGCUAAUCGUGGCCAAGGACACAGGCCUGAUCAAGGUGAAAAACAGCAUGGACAGAGAAUCCCAUUUCGUCAAGGAUGACAAAUAUACAGCACUCAUUGGUGCAUAUGACAAUGAUGACGUCCCAGCCACAGGAACUGGUACUCUGAUCAUUCAGCUUGAAGAUGUCAACGACAAUGCACCCAUCAUUGAGGAACGUGUAAUCAAGGUGUGUAACAAGGAAUCAGCUCCUCAGCUGCUGUCAGUAACAGAUAAAGAUGGACCAGGCUUUGCUGCGCCAUACACCGUCUCUUUAGAGGGCAUGUCGAAGACCAACUGGACCGCUAGGAUGAACGCCACCCAGACCGGCAUCAUCCUUAAAUUAGCCACUGAGCUGGCCAGUGGAGACUACACUGUGGUCCUGAGGGUCAGAGACACUCAGGGCCUGGAGCAGGACAACACUGUCCAGGCCACAGUGUGUGAUUGCAAAGGGGAAGAAGUGUCCUGCCAAGGGCGUAUUGCAGGUGGCACCGGUCUGCCUGUAAUCCUGGGAAUCCUGGGAGGCAUCCUGUUGCUGCUCAUGCUGGUGCUGCUGCUGUUGUUGUUUGCGAGACGGAGAAAAGGUGAAAUAAAGGAGCCACUCCUGCAGGAUGACGAUGUCAGAGACAACAUCUACUACUAUGAUGAAGAGGGAGGAGGAGAGGAUGAUCAGGACUAUGAUCUGAGUGUUCUCCACCGUGGUCUGGAUAACCGGCCUGAGGUAUUCAGGAACGAUGUGGUGCCAAACUUUAUGCCAGCUCCUCAGUACCGGCCUCGCCCCGCCAACCCAGAGGAAAUUGGCAACUUCAUUGAUGAUAACCUGAAGGCAGCUGACAACGACCCAACAGCGCCCCCCUAUGACUCCCUGCUGGUGUUUGACUAUGAGGGCGGCGGCUCUGACGCAGGAAGCCUCUCCUCUCUGAACUCGUCGAGCAGCGGAGACCAGAACUACGACUGCCUCAGUGAGUGGGGACCCCGCUUCAAGAAACUGGCCGACAUGUACGGAGGAGGAGAGGAUGAUAUGCUGUAAAUGUUCCAAAGAACAAACAUUAUGUAUAGGUGGGUGCACAUAUGGCUGCGUGAAUGUUAGAUUGAUGUACGCAUGAACUGAUAAACCAAUGCAUCCCAGGGAACUUCUCAGCCAGAUCAUAUGUUUUUCUUUGUGUGGUUUACUUUACAGAGCAGUCCUAUCAGCAGUUAACAGCCACUCUUUAAUAGUCAGAGGAUGUUUUUGUUUUUUAUACAGAUGUUCCACAUUUUGAAUGGUUAAGCUUUUUUCUGUCAGUCUUUUAGAUCCCUGUUUGACUGAUAGGCUAAAGACAAAAUAUGCUUUGUGUUUUCUGUCCACUGAGUUCUUGAGCUGCAUCUUCAGACUGUUGAUUUCUGAAUUUUGUUUUGUUAGUCUGCUUACUGGGUGACACAAACGUAUGCCUUUAGUUGCACUGGUGACAUCUGUGUCAUUUUGGCAGUGUAUGGUACUUUACAUUUUUUUGUUUUUCUGUGUAGUUUGCACUACUGCUACGGUUAAAUAUCAUUGUUUUGUAUUUGUCUGAGGAAUGAAAUUACAGGUGAAAUCCAGGUAGUUGGCCAACAUCCCAUCACCCUCGGAGGGUGUGGUCAGUGAGUUAUCAAUAAAUGCUUUUUUAAAAUAUGUAAGUAUCUGUUCAGUUGACAUCUUUAUUACAUUGCAAUGUCAGAAGAUGUUUUGCAGUUAACUCCAAAGGUAAUUUGUUUCACACUGUUGAUUUUGAAUUUUUAUAAAAUUAUCUUAAUACAA